AUGGGUCCCUGUUCAAUUCUCUCUGGACGUGUCAAAGUCAGACGAGGUUCAGGCCUGUAUCCGUUCUCGUUAGCGCCUCUAUUCGAGAGCACUUACAACCGCAGACGUCGUGUAAUCAUUCACGCCCCUGCUGCUAGGUACAUGGUCAGAAAAUUCUCCCGCAUACUGAACCCCCUUGUGAUACAUCCUUCAAGACAGCAUAUGCCUGAACUGGGCCUAGAUAUGAUGGAAGGCAUAGAAUUCUUCAGCCUCAUGGACGACUUGAAGACUAGCAACAAAAUCGACGCUGAUGGCGACGUUGUCAUGACCGACUAUACCCCUCUUUCUAUCAAUACUUCCAUGGAUAAUGACACAUCUAUGCACUUCGACACAGCUAUGGAUAUAGAUCCACCUAACAUCCUUCCUCCUUGGGCUAAGGACACUCACUCCACCACUAUCCCCACGACCUCGGCUAUCAGUCCUUUCCCCCCACUGGCCAUCGCGAUGCCUGGUGAUCACAUACUUGAAAACAUCAACGAAUACACCACGCCAAUCAAAGCACCCCAGCUAAAGCAACUUGUAUUUGGUCUGGGAAAGCUCUCGCUCACAGACCCCCGGACAAAACGCAAACUCGAAAAAGACGCAGAUUCCCCCGAGGAAGAAGCUCAGCAACCACGACGCAAGAUCAAGAAAUUGACAAAGAUACCGUCGCUCAACUACACGAAGCCCUCGUCGGUACCCAAGGCUAAUAGCCGAGUGCCGCGGCCCAGGAACCUACGAUACAAACGGGCGGUCGUCUUUCAUACACCAUCGCCUGAGCCUAUUCCGCUUAUUAAGGUUACGGAUCCCGAUGGCAAUAUUACAUAUCCGUUUGUGUCUGAGGCAGAAUAG